AUGAGUGUUCAGAGCCCACCCACACUCCAGAAACUGGCAAGGCAGACUCUGCUGAGAAAUGAGGCCGUGAUCAUAUCCUCUCUGGAGGAGCUGCCUACAGUGCUCUUCCCAGCGUUGUUCAAGGAGGCCUUCGAGGGCAGGCACAGCAAGCUUGUGAAGGAAAUGGUGACCACUUGGCCUUUCCCCUGUCUCCCUGUUGGGGCAUUGAUGAAGACACCUAACUUGGAAACCUCGCAGGCUGUCCUGGAAGGUGUAGACAUGCGACUGACAAGAGAUAUUCACCACAGCAAGGGAAAACUUCAGGUUCUGGACCUGAGGAAUGUGCACCACACUUUCUGGAACAUAUGGGCUGAUGAAGAGGAUGGCAGCUGUUCUUCAGAGUCCUUGGAUGACAAUCCGGUAGUGAAGGUCCUUCCCCGAUAUGCACUGAGGCACAAACUGAAGGUGGUUACUGAGCUGUGCCUGAGGCCCCGUCUUGAGGAAGCACAAGCAUGCUUCUUGAAGUGGGCCCAGCAGAGAAAGGGCUUCCUGCAUUUCUGCUGUACGAAGCUGAAGAUCUGGGCUAUGCCUAUGGACUUUAUCAGAGAGAUCUUGAAUGUCUUUCACCCAGAGCACAUCGAGGAAUUGGAACUGAACACUGAGUGGAAUAUCUUCCAGCUGGCCCAGUUUGCUCCCUUCUUUGGAAACAUGAGAAAUUUAAAGCAUGAACAACUAAGAGUUUCCCAGUCUUUACAAAUUCAAAUGCAUUGA